AUGAGGCCCUGGAUUUUGCUGGAGCUUCCCAAGUUGAACUUCGAUAUCAUGCAAUCUGUUUAUCUGAAGGAGCUGCAGGAACUAGUGUGGUGGAAGGACUUGAACUUUAAGGAAAGGCUACCUUUUGCUUCGGAUUGGCUAACUGAGUGUUAUUUUUGGGCACUGGGGAGUUGCCCUCCGAGGCCCCAAUUACCCAUAUUGAGGAGGAACCUCGCGAAAUUUGGAUCCUUGGCUCACUUGAUGAGCUUGAGAAGUAAAAAUGACAAACUUUUCCCAAAUUGCCAUUUACAACCGUUUACAACCAUAAGAUGGGAUCUUAAUAAGGCAAUGGAGGAACUUCCAAAGUACAUGAAAGUAUCCUUCUCAGCCAUUUACAACCAUGUUAGUGAAAUGGUCCAAGAUGCCUUGAAAGGUUAUGGCAUGGAUAUUUUACCCUAUAUUAAGGAAACGAUGCAGUCUAGACAAUAUGAGGAUCUUGACAGUUUGCUUAUUAUGUUGAGGGAGAAGUGUGCAUUCAAUGUCGCUAUUAACACCCACUGUAAGUGGUCGCAACUGCAUUACAUCAACAAGACUCUCCAAGAGAAAGGGGAGUACGAUGCAGUGAAGCGUACGUGCUUCAGAAUGCUGCUUGACGUAUAUCCACAAGCCUACUUCUUCGUUGGUCUCCUACAUAACAUCAUGAUUCAUCGAAUCAGUGUGAUAGAUUUAAUGGAGCAUGAGCUAUGGUUUGCCAUUGGCAAAAGCAACGCGAGCAUAUCAAAGCAAGAGUUCUGCCUUAUCACCAAAUUGAAGUUUGGUCGAAUGCCCGAUGUGUUCACACGAUUGUAUGAGGUUGUUGUGGAUGGAAUUCGUGUGCGAUAA